UUAGCAAUAACCAAUCGGACGCGACGAAGCGGCGGCGGUUUGAAUUGGGGCGGCAGCGGCCGGCCGCGGUGUGCAGAGUGGAAGGUGGCCUGCGGCAGCUGCGGGAAUGAUUUUUCGUCAUGGAGGGCGAUCCCACGCUGAAGGAGGGUCUAGAUCGCAACAACUCCCGAUUCGUGUCAUCCAUGAACCGGAUCUUAAAAAAGUAUAAUCAUCCAUUCGAGAAUGACAUACUCAUAUCAAUGUCUACUCUCACUUAUGAAACACCUGACGGACCUAAAAAAUGGGACACGGAGUCAAGGACUGAAAAACAGAAGAAAAAAUUUACGAAGAUUAGUCCAAGGCCAAGGAGCAGAGAGAAGCAGAGCCGUGGUUUUGAAGAUAAGCCCUCAGCAGCACACGAGGAAUCUUCUGAGAGCUCUGGUGCAGAUACAUCUGAUACAGGACCUAAAAAACGGGAUACGGUGUCAAGGACUGAAAAACAGAAGAAAAAAUUCAUGAAGAUUAGUCCAAGGCCAAGGAGCAGAGAGAAGCAGAGCCGUGGUUUUGAAGAUAAGCCCUCAGCAGCACACGAGGAAUCUUCUGAGAGCUCUGGUGCAGAUACAUCUGAUACAGGUGAAGAAAGUGGUGCCGUAGCCUCAGUAGGAAGAAGAUCUGAAGGAAUUCGUCUCCAGAAUCAGAAUGUAGAUGAUGGACAAAUCCUAGAGAAAAAAAUAGUUCCAGUGGAUGUGAUAUUACAAGGUGAUGAGAGAAAUUAUCCCAAAUGGAUAACGAUUACCACUCCACGUUCGUCAAAAAGUCAUCAUUCAACUUCGCCAGGGCAGAAACAGCUUGGCAAUCGAGCUAUUUGCAGAAAGAAGCUAGAGUUUUCAAAUGAAUGUUCUUCAUCCAAAUAUCCACAGUUACAACAUUCUGCUGUUCCCAUUUCAUCAAAUACAGUAGCCUCACCCAGUCAUCAACCUCCUCCAGAACUAAGCACGGCUUCAUGUGGUAGUAUCCUUGCAGAAUACCAGUCUGCAUAUGAGGAAUGCUCCUUUUCCAGUACAACCCUUUUAGGCUUGUAUCCAUCAAUGGUAGCGUUACUUACAAAGCUCAUGACAAAGCGUUCUCAGAGAAAAGUGUUGAAGUACAUGUUUGGACUCUUAAGGUCCAAGAGACGGCAUUCUAGAAGACCAAAGCUCAAUGUCACUGUGGACAAAAUGAGAGGGUUCAGAAAGGCAUCUGGAAAAAGCCAAAGAGUCUGCAAACACAGUGCUUUUCCUGAUGGUAUGGAUAGAAUGGGAGAGACAUUUAUAGUUGAAGAUAAAUUACAGACUACUGACUCACCAAAAGAUUUAGAAUACACAGAAGAUGAAAAAUCUACUUACAAACACUUCUCAGAACCCAGUUUUAUAACAUCUACUGCCAAUUCAGAUUCAAGAAAGUUUCAUCUUGUAAAAGAGAAGACUCAGAAAACUGACUUUCAUGUUGGUACCUCAGAGUUGUGUUCAUCUGCUUGCAGUUCCCAUGGCAAUAGAAACAAUUCUAUACCUACCACAAAUUGUUCUCCUGCAAGAUCAUCAAAUACUAUGUUCAUAUAUCCUCAAAAAACAACUUCUUUCCAGUGCAAAGAGUCAUUUUCCUCCUCAAAGCAGAAUUCUUCAAAGACGGACAAAGAAAUAGAUGCUGCAUUUGACGAGCUCUACUACAGAGGGAUUUCUGGAGAAUACCUAAAGCCUUUGACAUUGACAAGACCUCUUAUAAACUCACAGAAUCUUAAAGAGAAAGGAACAUUAGUGAAGAGUAAUCGAAGUGAUUCUGAGAGGUCCCUUAAACAGUGUGAUAUAGAAUUUGAGAAACUGUGUGGGAACUCUAUUCCAAGAUCUCCCGGGCUUCAGACAGCUUCAAAUUUCAGGAAAUAUGAAGAAAUAGAGAUUCCUGAAACUGUAAAUGCUCUUGUUAAUUCUCCUGUCAGAACUUAUUCUGCAAUUUCCAGUGUUAAAAGAGCAGGAAAUUUUCAAAACCAUCCUCUUUGUUCACCAGUAAAGCGACUGAAAUUUAUACCAGGACAUUGUUUUUCUUCAAGCAAAUGUCAGGAGAUUUCCCACAGUAAAGAGGGUAAUCUUCAGACAGGAGGCAUGGAUUUUUUGAGCAUGUACAACUGUAGCAAGCCCACCUUUUUUGCUGAUCACAACUGUCAUUGUCAGGGCUCUGGAUCUCAUGAUUCUUCACAUCAAAGCUUUCUUGGUAUUCCUGGUACUUCCCUGCAAGAAUCUGGGACUGCGGGUGCACACUCUGGUUGGCCUGGGGCAAUGGAGAAUUGCAGCUCUCUCAGAAAUGUAAGCAAGUGUCACCCAAGAAUAUCCAGAAAACUAAGCUACACUGAUGGGAAAGACCAAUUGUAGGAAUCCCUUGGAUGACUCUCUGGUUAAAGCUCACCGAGAAGCAUUAAUGCACUGUUGCAGUUUAAAAAGUUUUGUAUAAGUUGGGUUUUAUUCAGUGUUGUUCCUUCUUCCAAGAAUCUAGGAUGUAUAAUUUUAUGUAAGCAAUAUACAAACAGUUCUGAUUUAUACUUUUUUGUGGUUCAAAUCUUUGGGAAAAGGUUCAUCCCUUUUUACAGGGCACUUCUUACUCAAUCUAUGGCUAAGUUGGAUUUUUGUAUUUACAGUAUUUGUAAUAACAGAGUGCGAUCUGUAUUCUUUUUAUUUGCUGAUAAGCUUUGAUUCUUACUGUAUUAAUAAUAAGGAACAAGCUCAUUUACCUGAAUUGCUGCUUAUUCAUGUUUUUUGAGUGUCUCAGUACAGAUCCAAAUUCACUGCUAUGUGCUAUGUUAGUGUUAACAUUUUCUCAGUAUUUCACCAAAGUUGAUAUAAUAAGAUUUGAUUCUUACUGUGUUAGGAAGGAUCUUAUUAAAGAUCUUAGAAGCUUAUAAAUAAGCUUGUUCCUUAUUAGGAAGGAACAAGCUUUUUUACCUAAAUUGCUGCCUAUUCAUGCUUUUUGGAUGCAUCAGUACAGAACCAAAAGUCACUGCUAUAUGCUAUGACUUAAGUCUGCUAUGCAAUGGUAAUGUUAAAAUUUUCCAGAGUUGAUUGUUCAAUAAAAUUUUAUACUGUUUAAUAGGUUUGAUAAAUGCACUCUGUGUUUUUGACAAAAUUGUACCCAACACAGUGUAUGUUCCAAAUAAAAAACUGUUCUGAACAAA